AUGAACAUUACGGUCAAAACGGGUGGGUUUGCCCAAGAACAGACAGAUGUCAUCGCCAUCGGCGUGCUGGAAAAUCCGGAUUUCUAUAGUGCACCGCUCCAAACUAUAGAUCAGGCACUCGGUGGACGCAUUCGCGAAUUAAUGAACCUCGGUGAUUUCACAGGCAAGUUAAAAACCACCAGUUGGCUCUACACAAACGGCGCAAUAACCGCGCCUCGCGUGCUGCUGGUGGGUUUGGGUGAAUAUCAUGACCUCACUGUUGAAAAGGUGCGUCAGACAGCCGGUCACGCGGUGCGGACGAUCCGAGAUAUGGGCUUAACCAACGCCGCGGUUCCGAUUCCUAUUGAAGCCACGCCUGAGAUGAUACAAGCCGCAGCGGAAGCCGGUCUCCUUGCACUUUAUCAGUUUGAUGAACAUAAAACGAGCAACGGUAAUGAGGAUGAAAAUAAAAAACUCGAAUCUCUCACGUUCUUAGCCGAAAACGAUCAGAGUCAGGCAACGGUAGAAGCAGCAGCCCGGCGCGGAGAAGUGAUAGCCAACGGUACACUGCUCGCCCGCGACCUGAGCAACCAACCCGCAAACUAUCUCACACCAACACAACUCGCUGAGAAGGCAGAAGCGGUGGCAGCAGCAGCAGGACUCGGUUGCGAAAUUUUUGACAAAGCCACCUUAGAGGAAAAAGGCUUCCGCACACUCCUUGCUGUCGCUCAAGGGAGUGCCGAAGAGCCACGAUUUAUUAUUCUCGAAUACACACCUGACGGCGAAGGGCAAGAUACCGUCGUGCUUGUCGGAAAAGGGAUUACCUUUGACACAGGCGGGAUCUCGCUCAAGGGCGGAAGCGGUAUGCAUGAGAUGAAGCAUGACAUGUCCGGUGCCGCCGCUGUGAUAGGCGCGAUGCAAGUCAUCGGUCAACUCAAACCGAACGUGCGUGUUAUUGGUGUGGUUGCUGCAACAGAAAACAUGCCGAGUGGGACAGCAGUUAAACCGGGUGAUGUUAUCACCUCCUACGGCGGCAAAACGAUUGAGAUUCUCAAUACCGAUGCAGAGGGACGUUUGGUAUUGGCAGAUGCGCUCGGAUGGACGGCACAGUAUAACCCGAAAGGUGUUAUCGACUUAGCUACGCUCACCGGUGCCGUGAUUACCUGCUUGGGACACAUUGCAGCCGGGGCAAUGGGGUACAGAUGA